AGGGCAGGGGCAGCGGCCGCAGCCGCAGCCGCGCCUGACAGCGGCCCCGCGCCGCAGGAUCCGCGCCCCGCAAGGACGUGCUCCGCCGAGCUGCCAGGCGCGAUUACGUUGUUUUUUCCCCCCACCCACCCCUUGAACUUGUUGCUUGGCGCUCGGCUGUGGCGGAGGGGGGUGGGGGUGGGGGAAAGCCUUAUUAUCGAUGUCCCUUUGGAUGCGAUCAAGCUUUCUCAGGAGCAACUACUUCCUCGCCGUUCCCGGCGGGGCGCGGAGAUCUAGCAGCAGAGCCCGUAUUUCCAAAAGUCUCUAUGCAACUGAGCGCUCUCGCCAGACUUUCACAGUGGCUGGACCAGAACUGUCUCUAGAUUGACUCCCUUAGCUGUAAUAGGUAUUUGGAACCAUGGCAGCAGGAGUAGCAGCUUGGUUACCCUUUGCCAGGGCAGCGGCCAUAGGAUGGAUGCCAGUGGCCAGUGGUCCCAUGCCAGCUGCUCCACGGCAGGAGAGAAAGCGAAGCCAGGAUUCUCUGAUUGUGCUGAAUGUGAGUGGCAUCCAGUUCCAAACGUGGCUGGACACCUUGGAGCGCUACCCUGACACUCUGUUGGGCAGUUCAGAGCGGGACUUCUUCUACCACCCUGAGACACAGCAGUACUUUUUCGAUCGGGACCCUGACAUUUUCCGCCACAUUCUCAACUUCUACCGUACCGGAAAGCUUCAUUAUCCCCGCCAGGAGUGCAUCUCAGCUUAUGAUGAGGAGCUGGCCUUCUUUGGUAUCAUCCCUGAGAUCAUUGGUGACUGCUGUUAUGAGGAGUACAAGGAUCGCCGACGUGAGAAUGCUGAGCGCCUGCAGGAUGAUGCCGAUCAGGAUCAUGUAGCUGAGAGCUCCCUACCCUCAAUGACAGCUCGUCAGAGGAUGUGGCGGGCCUUUGAAAACCCCCACACUAGUACACUGGCUCUGGUCUUCUACUAUGUCACUGGUUUCUUCAUUGCCGUCUCUGUUAUUGCCAAUGUGGUGGAGACAGUGCCCUGUGGGGUAAGCCCGGGUCGCAUCAAAGAGCUGCCCUGUGGAGAGCGAUAUGCAGUGGCUUUCUUCUGUCUGGAUACUGCCUGUGUCAUGAUCUUCACCGUUGAAUAUCUCCUACGUCUGCUGGCAGCCCCUAGUCGCUACAAAUUUGUGCGCAGUGUCAUGAGUAUCAUUGAUGUGGUGGCCAUCAUGCCAUAUUACAUUGGCCUGGUUAUGACAGAUAACGAGGAUGUCAGUGGGGCUUUUGUGACAUUAAGAGUCUUUCGUGUCUUCAGGAUCUUUAAGUUUUCCCGCCACUCACAGGGUCUGCGCAUCCUGGGGUAUACCCUGAAAAGUUGUGCCUCGGAGUUAGGCUUCCUCCUCUUCUCGCUCACUAUGGCCAUCAUCAUCUUUGCCACAGUCAUGUACUAUGCAGAGAAAGGUUCAUCAGCCAGCAAGUUCACCAGCAUUCCUGCAGCCUUCUGGUACACCAUUGUCACCAUGACAACACUGGGGUAA